CCCCGAGAUGCCAUAAUCUUUCAAACAUAUAUACCAUUUAGACUCAAGCCGUUUUGGCCCAAGAGACGUUUCUAAUUCCACAGGCUAAACGCCCGGUGCUCAUUGCCCGGUUCUCUCGUCAAGUUACGUAUACAUAUUUCCCCAGGUGGGCAUAGUUAUGUUUCAUAUAUAUAUAUAUAUACUGAGCUAUGCCGAUCUAUUAUGUUUGAUGUGGGCUUGGCUAUACCAGUGGUUUUCCAUCUUGCGCGAAAUAUAUUUGCAGCUCCAGGCCCACGCCGAGGGUCUUGCAGCGGUGGCAUCGACAUCGAGCUUCUGGUUCAUUACGGUUUUCGUUGGCCUCUUGGGCAUCUUAGUUUCGAACGUGUUGGGCGUCUUGUAUUUUUACCGUGACAACCGUCUCGUCCUCUGUGCGCUGGCUGCUUGCGAUUUGGACACUCCAGCCUUGGUCGCUACACAGGCGCAAGACUACGUCAAGGGGGGAGCACCCGACGUUCGAGAACUCCGUCGCCGCAUUGCGUUACGGAGAGGUUUGCCGUGUGCAGCAGUAUCAGUUUUUGUCGCUCUCCGAGGCGUCGCGCAGACAUCGAUAUGCGAAAUUAUCGUUCAGAUUCAAAUGCAGAAUGAUCUUGACCUACACCGCAAAGUCAUGCAAGAACAUCCCGAGUUUCACUCUGUGCAGCUGUGCCCCAAGUGGGAAGAAGCAGGAACGAGUGAGCGCAUUUCGUUCCAGAAGAAAGUCAUCGCGUUGGUGGGAAAGACAUUCGGAGAUGACAGAUGCCCCGUUGCCCACAGGCACAUCCGAGAAGUGACCACAUUCAAGGAGUUCUUGGCCACGACUUCCUGGGCUGCUACAAGUAUGCAAGACGUGCGACAAUUUCAGGAUCUGUCUGCGGUGCAGGUCAGCAUUCGGCAACUUACCGCAUAACUACUUGCGCAAUCAGUGCGCGAUCGUAUGCCGGCUCUCGAGCCAAUGCGGCUAACGUCCACGUAUUUCGACAAUUUGAUUCGCGACGGCGAGAGCAAUGAAAUGGAGAAACAAUGGAACGGAGCGGGAGGUGACCGGGCUCUUAUCGUUACGUACGAUAACCCGCAUUCUGCAUGGCUUUUUGCACAGGCCGCGGUGCAAUUGCUUGUCGCUGUUGGUGGACUUGGCAACCACAUUCGAAAGCAAAGGCGGAUAUCGGUCAUGGCUACCGCUGCGGUCUGCUUCCACAUUUUUCUCGACGCGCUUCUGACAAUCGGAUGUUUGAUUAUCCUCUUCUCGGUGAUGCCUGCGCAGGAUCGCGUGACGACGGUCUACAUGGACGCUCUUGCGCUAAUUGAUUCGAUUCUCUCUGGACCAGCAGGGACCAAGAUGUUCGAUCUGGCUGACAUCGUAAUUUUCGAGAAUUGGUCAGAGAAAGUGCAGAAGGCAGAGACGUUUUUCUUAAAUGAAACAUUUCCGCUCAUAUCGCGCCAAGCGUUGCAAGCUUUGGCCAAUUGGCUCGAUUUUGUUGGAGAGUUGCACUCGCCCGAUCUCGUCCUCGAGCAGAUUAUCUUUGUGAAGGUGAUCAUCGGUGUUGUCAUCUUCUACGGUGCUAUACGGUGCAUCAUGAACGUUGGGAUACAUAUGUUUGUCACAAGUCCCAUUGUGCUCCUGGACGAAGAGCGCCCAGAGCCCGUGUCCCUCGUGUUCCUUAUUGCCGUCAAGACAGUCGCACUAUUGAUUCCAUAUGUCAUUGCAGCGAGCAGUUGGAUUGAGUUUCAAUUUGUGAUUGCGACGAUGUUUGGCUUCAUUGUAAGGUACAGCUUUACGUACUACGCUAUGCUCGGCAUAAUUGUCGCCAUCUUCGCCAUGUCUGCAAUCGCUGCCGUCGCCCUUUUGGGACACGGCGAUGGUAUGGCAGGCGACGGCAGACAAGACGACGGUAUGGCAGGCGACAGCCACGGCGAGGAGUUACAGACCUUCUCUUUGCGGCAGCGAUGUGGCACUGGCGACCGGAAGAAACACAAACCACCAUUCGACGCCACGGCCAGACGUAUUGCGGAGAUGGAACACGGCGCAGGCCAGGGGUUGUUAGGCCAGCCAUUGCCGAAUUACGGUGGUUGUGGGGCUAGAGCUUGCUACUAGACUCACGACGUGCGUCGGACGACGCGGCCGCGUCUGCCAGACAGUGUUUGGUAAGCCGAGGGCCGCAUGUUGGACGACGUGGGAGCUCGAAGUUGUUCAGUUCCCUGCAGUGUUUAGCAGGCCCCCUGCUUCACAUAACUGCUCCCGUCUCACCCUCUGCGCGCGCACCCACGAGCAUGGCCAGAAGUCCUUCGUAUGCCUGUGCCUGACCAGUGUCGCGAGGACGUCGACGCGACGGCUUGGCUGGCGCAGCGAGAAAAGAAACAUCAGUCAAC